UUGGCUGCCUCGCGUGCACUGCUGUGUCUCUCUGGUGCCUCUGGUGUCGUAGUGUAAAGAUACCUGCUUUAUUUAAAGCUGCACUUUGUCUCGUAUACUGUGCCUCAUCCAUUCAGCUGUUGGGCGCUGUCUGGCGUGUUAUGCUAACGUUACUUAGUACUGAGCUAAGUAAUUUGUACUUUCCUGCAGUAUUUCUAUUUCAGAAUCAGCAUCGUGUGUCAUGUUUGUGUGUUAACUGCGCUCAUUGUCCUUAACAAACAGUCCACAGUAAAAAGAGACUGCAGAAUAAACAUAACUGCUAUGUGCAAAUAGAGUGAAAGUGAAGAAGACAGUAGUGCAACAGGACAAGAAGCUAAGCAGGGGUGGACAUCAACAUGUAACAUCUGCAUAUGGACUUGUGAGCAGAGGACGGUGCAGAUGCACGAACAAAUAUGGAUUGUAAUCAGGGCACAAUGUCCUCAAACCAGCGUAUGAGGGACAUGGAUCAACAGCACCCCCUGCUGGACAGGGAGAAGGAAGAGGAGGAGGAGGUGGUUGAGAGAAGUUUCCACAGCGAGGGCAAGCAGCUCUGGUUCAUCCAGGACUGCUGCGGCAUGGUGUGUGCCUUCAUCACCUGGUUCCUGGUCUUCUUUGCCGACUUUGUUGUCACCUUCGUUAUGCUGCUUCCCUCCAGGAGCUUCUGGUACGCUGUGAUCAAUGGGGUGGUCUUCAACAGCCUGGCCGUGCUGGCGUUGGCCUCCCACCUGCGCACCAUGCUGACUGACCCAGGAGCUGUUCCAAAAGGAAACGCCGAUAAGAAAUACUUGGAGAGUCUGCAACUGAAGCCAGGAAAUGUCAUCUACAAAUGUCCAAAAUGCUGCAGCAUCAAACCUGAGAGGGCUCAUCACUGCAGUAUCUGUGAGCGCUGCAUCCGAAAGAUGGACCAUCACUGUCCCUGGGUCAACAACUGUGUCGGAGAGAAGAACCAGCGCUUCUUCGUCCUCUUCACUAUGUACAUUGCUGUAAUCUCUGGUCACGCUCUGGCUCUCUGUGGAUACCACUUCAUCAUGUGCAUCAGAGUCCAGUGGAGAGAGUGCAGCGAUUUCUCUCCUCCAGCGACGAUGAUGCUGAUGAUCUUCCUCUGCAUGGAAGGCCUCCUCUUCCUCACCUUCACAGCCAUCAUGUUCUGCACUCAGCUCCACUCCAUCUGCAACGAUGAGACGGAGAUUGAGCGUUUGAGGAACGAGAAGCCAACAUGGGAGCGUCGGACUCGCUGGGCAGGCCUGAGGUCGGUGUUUGGAGGUCAGCCCUCCUUGCUCUGGAUGAGCCCCUUCGCUGGACUCAGACUAUCAAGCUUUCUACCUAAACGCACCUGGAGGGGUGGGGCAGAGUUCUCAGUCUGACUCAACUUAUUCAAGCACCCCACAGAGAUUGUACCUCCUUGUGGUGGUGGUGGUGAAUCGAAACCAGCCACUGCAGUCAAGGCGCUGCAGAAAGUCCAGCUGGGCUCCACUCCUCUGUGUUGUCCCUCGGGCUUGAGGCUGUUUCUGAGCCAGAGGAAACUGGUUCAGUGUCUCUAAGCAAAAGCUGAGUCUCCAUAUCUGUCGCUUGUUGUCUGACCCUGUGAAUAGGAAAGGUGGGGGAACAUCAUCCCAGCUGGGGGCAAAAAAUAUCUCUCCACCUACUCACAGGCCAAAGAUGCAGGAUAUGUGAAGAAUCUUUGUUGCUUCCACAUGAAUCAUUCAAGCUUAUGUGAGUGAUUCAAAUUUGGACACUAAAUGUUUUUAAAUCAUAGAUUAGUUUUGUCAAACUGUUGGGAACCACUCCUCUAAAGCAUGUUUUUUAGUGUUUGUAAUUGUUGAUCUGUACUAUAAUGAAAUGUAAAAAGCAUGACAAAUCUAAUGAAAACACCAAUUGAGUAGUUGCUGGAAAUGUAUCGUAAAUCAUUUUAUUUCUCAUCUUAAUGAAUAUUGUUGUAAAAAAAAAUAAAGUUGUUGUUACUGUGGGAUUUUUAA